CGCCCAGCGAGCGGAAGUCGAUCACCAAGUUUUUGUUCGAGAUAUGCAUUUAUUAUUUUAAGUUUCAUCCCUUUGACAUCGAAUUCUGUUCAAAAUAUUCCUAAGCUCGUCUGCAACCUAGUUUUAGAAAUACUUCCCACCUGUGAAAUAGCCAAAUGUUAGAAAUUCCAAUUCUAAACCAUCGGAUCCAUUCUGUGAAGUUGAUUCAGUGCUGAGUGUUAACAAUAAAAAACAUUUUAUAUUAAUUGCAAUUGAAUUAUAAGUGGUAGCUGUUCUAGCUCUACUCAGAGGAAAGAGGCUUCCGUGCACAAUGAAAAUCAACGAAAAGAAUUUAUGUGCGUUCGCAACAACGCCACCCUAUGACCUCGAGGGUGUGCUUAGUAAACGUGGUGAAGUGAACAAGGCUUGGCAAAAAAGAUAUUUUGUGCUGAAAGGGAAUCUACUGUUUUACUUCGAGAAGAAAGGCGAUCGGGAACCAACUGGGCUAAUAAUUGUCGAAGGAUGCACGAUAGAAUUAUGCGAAGAAGAAACCGAACCUUAUUGCUUCCAAAUUAUCUUCAACGGCAAUCGGACCUACACAUUGAGCGCUGAAAGCCAGGAUAUAAUGGAAACAUGGAUGAAAGCUCUCACAUGUGCCAGUUAUGAAUAUAAGAAACUCAUGGUAGCUGAAUUACAACGACAGUUAGAAGAAAUAGAAGGUAUUCGAAAAAAAUAUAAUCAAGAAACGAUACAACGUGCUGCUCCGAAACCUCCACCGCGUCGACAAAAUCCUUUUAAUCGGCCUGCACCACCACCACCUGUCUUAAAUAGUAAUGCGCCUAAUCCAUCAGUAGCCAAUAAUAACAUAGAAGCUACAUCCACCGCGGGUGUAUCCACGAUCUCAACAACGGGGACAGCGAUGACGACGACGGCAGUUGAUAACAACGAAAGCUGUCGACAAACACUUCUUGAUGCGGAACUUAAUGACUUUGUGAAUAUUCAUAAUCUAGAAUCGCAAUCAUCAGCACCAUCUUCAUAUCAACGAUAUCAGCAACAAACCAAUAAUGACCCCAAAAGUGAUAUUUCAAAUUUCUCGUUUCGAACGGUCCAUGAGGAAUUCAGGAAACAAUUUUUGGCAGACGAAAGGGAACGUCGACGAAGAAAAGAAGUAGCUGAGGCACCUCUUAUUGAUAUUUAGUUAAGUGAAGUGAGAUAUUGUGUUUAUACUUUUCGUGUAAUUUAGAUUUUGUUCCUUAUGUUAUCAUUUAUUCAUUGUUUCGUAAGAGAUAUCAGCCCCUACAUAUAACUGUAGCCUAUAUUUAAUCAUCGCUAAAGUUUAAAUGAAAAGUAUUACAUUAAAGGUGUGAUAAAAUACAAAACUGUGCAUAGUUGCAUUAUUUUAUAUUUAAAAUUGAGUGUCAGUACAUACAACACAAAUCUGCAUAUAAUCAUACAAGACUUGACAUAUUUUGAGUGCUUUUUCGUUAGUUUGAAACAUUUUAAAUUAGAAAAUUCAACCAAUGUGCUUGGCUUGUAAUUGUAUGCACAGUUUAGUAUUUAUGUAUAAUUAAAUACGGGUCUCGAUCAAAUUAUGCACAUUUACACAUUAAGAUUGCAUCAGUUAACAUUAUUACAAAUGUUUAUUCUUUUAGACAAUAUUUAUAAAAUUCCGUAACGCUGCUGUUUCAUAGAAUUCAUUUUUAAAAAUGAAAUAAAAUUAAUUAAUAUUUAAUAGUGUUCAAGUUUUCCGUUUUACGAGUAAAAAUAUAUAAGUGACAUGAUUUUCAUCUAGUGAACAUUUAUUUCUAACUAAUUUUUUCGAAAUGAUAUAAUGAGAUCGGUCGGAAACUAUAAAGUAUCUAUCUAAAGUAAUAUAUCCGUAAAUUAACUGAUUUGACAUAAUUGUUUGGUGCUUGGCUUAAUUUAGCAGGUUCCCAAAAGUGAAAAGUGAAAUUGACCACCUUUGCCUCACUUUGUGUUCAUAUAAAUCCUGAUCAAAAUAAAACAGUAAAUGUCUUAAAGAACUUAAGACACACCUGUCGCAUUGGAAUGCAAAAUCAGUGCAUGGAUAAGGCUCCUGCUAGUGAAUCUUUACUUCUCUAUUGAAAAUGAUGGAUAAGAUGCACAGUUUCCCCUAGCCAGGUUCUUCAAAAGUUGCAAUAUAUGAAGCUAUGACUAAUGUUCAAUCAAACGAACUAACGAUUUCUGCAUUGGUUUAAUAUAUAACUUGUAAGUCCGAUGGAAUAAGUAUCAAAUAAUUUUAUAAUAACAUUAAUAAGGUCGACUUGGCUCCAACAAAGACCACACAGAGGCUUAUUUUUUCUAAAGCCCAAGGCUUUCUUGUCUUAGAUUUCGUUGCGUCGAAUGAUUAUAUACAUCAAUGCAUGAAAACACAGGCUCAAUAUAUUGUCCUGCCUUUGCUAAUAAAAGCCAUGCACUGGAAUUUAAUUAAUCUAACGUUUAUCAAAUGACAAGUUCACAGGUCGUCCUAUAU